AUGUCUUGGAAGGGUCUAACAAAAGCAGUCCAGCGGCUCCCUCAUCAGCUACGAGCCAAAUCUGGUCAUGCUGAAGUCACCGCUGACUAUGAAUACGAUGAUAUGGAGGCAGCCUUCAAAGCUCUCGACUUGGCUGCCAAAAAAUUGAAUGAUGAUGCAAAGAAAUUCAGAGACUCCCUAGCUGGUUUAUUGAAUCAUCAGGCAGAGUUUGGCAAUAUAUUGAGUGAUGUCUAUCUGCCACUAUCUGGGAGGGCUGGUCGUCAAGGAAAUGAUGGCGAGGUUGGUGGACAUGGGAUGAAGAGGGCAGUCACACCUCCACAAUCACUCAAAUCCACCCAAGACUUUGCUCGCGUAAUGGCCCAAGUCAAGGAAGAUCUCACUCCAGAAUUAGAGCUAAUCACAAGACGUGUAGUCCAGCCAACCUCUGACUACAUCACCCUAAUCGAAGCCGUGAAGAAAAUGAUGACAAAACGAGCCCACAAGCUAGUAGACUAUGAUCGUCAUCGUCUCGCCGUAAAAUCCCUAAAAGAAAAGACAGACAAGACAACCGCUGAUGAAAAAGAAUUGGGCAAACGAAACAUGGCUCUAGAUCAAGCCACUCGAGAAUACGAAAACGUGAAUAAUCUAUUGAAGCAACAGUUACCCGUAUUCCUGGAUUUACGAGUCCAGUUCAUUGAUCCAUGCUUCCAGACCCUGUUUUGGUAUCAGCUUAAAGUGUAUACGUGUCUGACAAACAACUUGUAUGGUUUGGUCGGGGAGAACUUUGAUGCUCGUGUAUCUGCAGAGUCUCUGGCACAAGCUGCUGGACAACGAUGUACUGAUUUGCUCAGUCAAAUUAGUUUGAUUCGAGCUAUAUCGGCACAGCCUGCUCCUCAAUACAAUCCUGGUGUCGAUGGAGACGAUGAUGGAACUGGUGCUGGUCGUAACUCGGUUGAUAGCAACGGAGGUCAUAAUCCACCACCGCCUUACGAUAAUGGUUCUGUUGCUAGUGUAUAUCCAUCAUCGUCUUCUCAUGUUGGUGGCAUCCCAAGACCAAACACGUCACCAACGAAAUCAUAUAAUUCGGCCUCCUACAAUAACAACAACAACUACAAUCAACAACAGGGCCAGCUCCCAAUGCCAACAAUGGCUCAAAUGAAAGCCGCUGCUCCAUACGCUGCAGCAGCAGCCCCAUACGCAGCAGCCGCAGCUCCACACGCAACUCCAUACAUCCAUGCAGCAGCAUCACAACACGUUCAACAGCAAUACGGUGUCAAGUUACCACCUGCUGCUACAUCAGCUGCUGUAAAUGCUGCCGUAUCAUCGCAAUCGUCGUUACAGUCUUAUGGUAAUCCCGCCCGAGAUUACUCUGCUGCACCAUCUCAGCCCAGACAACAACAGAAUCGAGUGUUUCCGUCUAUUAAAUAUGUGGUUGCAUUGUACGAUUUUGAUGGACAGCAGGAUGGAGAUCUUGUGUUUAGGAAGGGAGAUCGCAUUGAGGUUGUUGAAAAGACUGGGGAUGUUAAUGAUUGGUGGACAGGAAAACUCAGAGGAUCUCAAGGCCAAUUUCCUGGAAACUAUGUUGAAGAUGCUUGA